AUGUCCUUCUCCAUGGCACGCUGUCCCUCGCUACGAUGCAUGCGGCUCAAACACUGCCUCAAUGCAACAAGAGCCAGCCGCCAAUUCUCCACCCAUAACUCUCUCCGCACGAACUCCAACACCGACACCUCCGCAUCCGCCAUUGCAACAGCCUUCCUCUGGCGCUUCCAAUCCCUCGGCCCACAAACUCGCACGCAGAUCCUCGACGCCAACCAACUCCAGCUCCUGUCGAUCACGCUCAACCGGCCCUCUCUCUUCCCCAACUCCCCAUCCUUGUCCAACGCCUCGACGCCGCUCCCCACCGGCACCCCGCUCCCCGCCGGCUACCACCUCGUCUACUUCACCCCGGCAUUCCUCGAAACCGAACUCGGCAUCGACGGCACCGACGCCUCUUACAAUCCAGCCGCCCCCUUCACCCGCCGCAUGUGGGCCGGCGGGGAGGUGCAAUGGCCGCGGGACGCCACGACCGGCCGACCGAAUUUCCUCCGAGUGGGCCAGGAGGUCCACGAGACGACGCGGGUGCUGAGCGCCUCGCCCAAGGUCGUCCGCAAGACCGGCGAGGAGAUGAUCGUGGUCGGCGUGGAGAAGGAGUUUCGCAAUGAGGAUGGAGUCGCGGUUGUAGAUCGGAGGUACGUCGUUCGUCCGGGUCCCCUCCCCCGCAACCCCUCAUUUCAGUAUAGUUCUCCUGCACCAAAUACCGUGACGACGACGACGACAACGACAGGCAAGACCCACACGCGCACCCUCCGGCAGACCCCCGUCACGCUCUUCCGGUUCUCGGCCUUGACCUUCAACCCGCACAAGAUCCACUACUCGACGCCGUGGGCGCGCGAGGUCGAGGGCCACCGCGACAUCGUCGUGCACGGGCCGUUGAACCUGAUUGCCAUGCUGGAUCUGUGGCGCGAUACGCGGAUUUCUCGGGGAUUGCCGCUGCCGCUGCCGGAGAGCAUCAGCUACCGCGCGACGAGUCCGCUGUAUGUCGAGGAGGAGUAUCGGGUAGUGUUGGAUGAGGAGGCGCGGGAUGGGGUGGGGCGGGUCCGGAUCCUGGGGCCGGGGGAGGUGGUGGCUAUGAAGGCUGAGAUUCGGUAGUUGCUUCUCUAUUCAACAGGAUAGGGCGGGGGGAUGUUGAAGAACGUGGCUCUGCUUUCCCUCUGACUGUAUAGUAUAUAGACGCUCUGGUCGGUUCGGGUUUGAGUAUGUCACCAGAGGAUGAGCGUGGAAGGUCUGAUGCGGUAGGCUGGGAUCAGUCAUCACCCUACAGGGUUUUGAUGUCUGCCUGGGUUGAAGCUAGCUAUCCGUUUCUCGAGCACCGUGAUUUGUGAUUCUAUCUUUAGAUACAUUGCUGAUCUCUGACUUUCCCUAUAGUCACUAAUUACAGUAACUAUUUUAACUUGCAGGCACCGUACGACAUCGCACCCUCUAUCAUUCAGACAUAUAUUCAUGUACCCAUCAAAACAUGCAGUAACUCUAAACCUGCAGCCAACAAGACCCCCUCACCCCUGGCUACAAACCCGAAUUUGUUGACACACACACACGCACACAUACAAAGAAU